AUGGAUAACCACAAUGAGAGCUCGUUUACCUCGCAUUUGCGACCUCCUAGUAGAAUCGUGUCCCCUAACAGGCUUUUCGAGAUGUCCGCCUCAGCAACGAAUGCUCGCACAAUUGAUAUGCCGCCGCCGCAGAACAUGAAUACCCUCAAGCGAAAGACGUUAGCUGAACGCGCCGGAGAGCCUACCGGAAGAACUGCGCCUGCCCCUCCAAGUUCUCGCCCGGUCAAUGCCCAUGUCAGGGCAACAUCGAUUGCUGGCAUUCCUCGAGACUCCUCGCUCUCAUCUUCCGUGUCAUCGCGCCAAACGUCGGGAGCAGCAAUGCGGAAUUCUUCAAACAGCUCUUACUCAAGCAGUGUCGGUACCCGCCCGCCAUCUGCACAAUUCUACAGGCCACAAUCCGCCAUGGCGGCACACUCCCGAAUACAGAAACCGGUCUCUACUGUCGGUCGGCCAGCUACAUCGCUACAAGUACACGAGGAAGAGCCUGGAAUAGCCCGGGCACUUAGCAACAGAAAGGCAUGGGACCACGAUAGUCGCCUCGAAGAAGUCGAGAAUAUGUGCUCGCAGUUCAAGGAGAAGAUGGAUGGUGCGACAACGGAGAGCAAGAGCUUGAAGGAGAUCAUAGGGGUGUACAAGAUCAGAAUCACGGAGUUGGAAUCUAUCAGAACUUCAUUGAGCACGAGCAACACCGCUCUUCAGACUGAUCUUGAUGCCAUCAAAGCUCGAGUUGCGGAAACUUCAGAGGCCUUGGAUGAUGCGAAGAGGUACCACAACAUUCGACUUGAUGACAUGCAGAGGCAACACAAUCGCGACCUUGAUGAUGUACGACACAAUGCUGAGACGGAGCGACGGUCGUUGGUCAGAGAUCAUACAGAGAAGCUGGAGGACGUUCGACGGACCUUGGAGAAUGCAUUGGAAGAGGAGAAGAUCAGUCAUCAAAGAGAAGUGCAAGCACUCAGCACGGAAGGCGCGUCAACUGAGCGGGAAAAGGAGAAGGAAUUGGAGAAUCAAAGAAGCGCCUUCAUUGCUCUUGAAAAGGAACUCGACGUUUUGAAGACCGAUGUUGCUCAUGGACGAGAGGUCAACGAACAAUUGCGUGCGAAGCUUGCCGAGUCAGCGACCAGGGAAACAGAACUUGAGACAUCAGUCCGGAGACUAGAGGGUCAUAUCCAUUUUCUGGAAUCGGAUAACAAAAGCCAAUCGCAAGCUUUUGCGGAUUUGGAGAUGAGGAUGCAGAACGCCAUUCAAACCGCUGCAGAGGCUAUGGACAAACUGAGAACUGAAGAGACUUUGCGAAGGAAAUUACACAACCAGGUGCAGGAGUUGAAAGGUAACAUCAGGGUCUUUUGCCGCGUCAGGCCUCCCCUCGAAUCGGAUCCAAUCGAUGCAACUUCACGAAUUGCAUAUCCGGACGAUCAGACGGAUUCGAAAGAGGUUGAGGUGAUAGGCGCCGAGGAGAAGAGCAGCCUCGGAACCAUUACGACCAAGAAGCAUCCGUUUGCUUUUGACCGAGUUUUUGGGCCCAAGUCACGAAAUCAGGACGUUUUUGGUGAGAUCAGCCAGCUCGUGCAAAGUGCGUUGGAUGGCUACAACGUGUGCAUCUUCUGCUAUGGUCAGACUGGCUCGGGAAAGACCUUCACAAUGUCAGCAAGCGAUGGCAUGAUCCCUCUCGCCGUCAACCAGAUCUAUGAGACUGCCAAAUCACUAGAGGAGAAGGGCUGGCAAUACAAGAUGGAAGGAUCUUUCAUCGAAGUCUAUAACGAGGAGCUUAACGACCUUCUCGGCAAAGCCAACGACAUGGACAAGAAGAAGCAUGAGAUCAAGCACGAUAUGGCGAAAGGCAAGACAACCAUCACCAACAUUACAACAGUCGAUCUGGACGCUCCUUCGAAGGUUGAUGACAUUCUGCAGCGCGCAUCGAGCAAUCGGUCUGUAGCAUCCACCAAGGCUAAUGAAAGAUCGUCGCGCAGUCACUCGGUCUUCAUCCUGAAGCUUAUUGGCGAGAACAGCAUCACAGGCGAAAAAAGUGAAGGCACGCUGAAUCUUGUCGAUCUAGCUGGUAGCGAGCGAUUGAAUCACAGCGGUGCUGUUGGUGAGCGAUUGAAGGAGACACAGAACAUCAACAAGAGCUUGAGCUGUCUGGGCGACGUCAUCGGUGCCCUUGGUCAGGGCAAGGAGGGAGGGCACGUGCCCUACAGGAACAGCAAGCUCACGUAUCUGCUACAAACCUCUCUUGGUGGUAAUUCGAAGACCUUGAUGUUUGUCAUGAUCAGUCCGCUUCAGGCCCAUCUCAGCGAGACUUUGACAAGCCUAAAAUUUGCAACAAAGGUCCACAACACGCAUAUUGGGACAGCGAGGAAACAGACGAAAACGCGGGACGCUUGA